AUGCCGGCUCUAUAUGCAGCGCUAGCCCAAAGCGCGGUGGAAACGGCCCCGCACCAACUGGCCCAGCGUGGCUUGACAGUCAACCAUACCCAAGCCGUCACCUUAGGGGUGAUGGCAGCAUAUGUAGUAGUCAUCGCACUCCUAUGGAACUUACCCUAUGUCCGCUGGGUACUAUGGCCCUUCAAGAUGCUGGUAAUUGCAUUCCAUGAAUUUGGCCAUGCGAUUACUGCCUGUUGUACCGGCGGAAAAGUCAAGUCCAUCUCGCUAGAUCCACAUGAAGGUGGUGUCACUCAAAUGCAGGGUGGAAUGAGUGCCAUCACCCUGCCUGCUGGGUACCUGGGGUCGUCGAUCAUCGGGGCCCUACUGAUUUUCGCUGGAUUCGAUAUCGUCGCCAGCAAGAUAGCCAGCAUUAUCCUUGGGGUUUGUUUUCUGCUCACUCUGUGGUGGGCACGGAGGGACUGGUUGACCAUCACGACUGUUCUUCUUGCGGUCGGGUUGUUGGUGGCAUGCUGGUUCAUUGCCCAUGGUGAAGCCUUGCGCUGGGUUGUGUGCGACGAUCUCAUCCUUCGCAAAGUAAAUAGCUCCGAUGCCAGCGUCUUUGCAAAGAGGUACGGUGGAUCUUCCCAGUGCUGGGGAGUUAUCUGGUCUCUCAUUUCUCUUGCCUUUAUGGCCAUUGGCAUCAUUGGCGGGAUCGCAGCGUUCCCCCAGUCAUUCAGCCAACAACAGUCCGAUUCCAAGAACUUUAUCUCAACUCGCUAG